AGGGAAAAUGUAUAUGCAUGUAAGCAUAUAUUCAGCUGUUUACUCACCAAAAGAGAGAGAGAGAGAGAGAGUAUUGAAAGAACCCCCAUUGCCCAUUGCAUGAAGAGUUCUUCUUGUUGAUUAAUUUCUACAACCAAUAGGUACACAUUAUGCAACAGCAGUACGGUAAAAGAGGGCAACGUGAGUUUGAUGCAAAAGGCUAUAACUUAUGCUUAGGCACCGGUUCACAAGAUAGGCAUAAUGGCAUUCGAGACAAUUUCAUGUCAGUGAAUGUGCUGUCAAGAAGCACAUUGGGUCUGAAUUCUGUUAGUCAGUUAAAUGCUUGUUGGGGAAACCUAGCCCGCGAAUCACAAGUAAACAGCGGACGAGUUUCUGGAAUGCCAGAUGCAGUGUGCAGGCAGGAGCAUGGAAGUCUUGCAUCAUCCAUAGUGCCUCAUGCUAUGGAUGAACAUUUAAUGCAGGAAACUCUACAAGAUCAAAGUGGUGGCUCCAAUACAUGCAGCUCUUACUCUUAUCCCGAUCCAUGUCCGAGGGACAGCAAACUGGCUAAUGCUCGUCCACAGUUGAUAUGUCCAGACUUACAUGGAGCUCCUCAUUGUAGAACAGCUUCAUCCUUAGCAUUGACGUUGGAGGAGCCUGUUUAUGUGAAUGCCAAACAAUACCAUGGAAUUCUGAGGCGGAGACAGCUGCGGGCAAAGGCUGAGUUGGAAAAUAAAGUGACAAGAGUCAGAAAGCCUUAUCUCCAUGAAUCUCGGCAUUUGCACGCCCUGAGACGAGCCAGAGGAUGCGGGGGACGUUUUAUCAACACGAAGAAGUCUGAUAGCACAGCCGGUAAUGCUACUCAUGGGGAAGCCAAAAGCACUGGGGACUCUUCUCUAUCAAAUACCCUCCAUUGUUCACGAGAUUCAGGAUAUGCAUCCUCGGCCUCUUCCAGAGUAGUCAAGCCAUCCACAAGUAUGAAUGAAUUCAAGAAAUUUUCACUUGAAGAAAUGAAGGAUGCAGAAUUCUUGCAAUGGACCUGUCCUAAAGAUUUCUUCUUGGGGUGAUGACUUUUUUAAGUGACGGAGUUUAGAGGUAAUUUGUCGACAUGCAUGGUAUGAUGAUGUUUCAUUAGAUUAUCUAAGACGAUGGAUCCACGCUGUCUGUGUACAUUAUAUAGUGAGUUAUUGUCAAAAUAAGUCUUGAGAUGAUCUUAUGUGAGAUUUAACUACAGAAUGAUGGUUUGUUAUAACGCCUUGGUGUUGCAACACUGUUUGUGUGUGAAUGUGUUGUUCUAUGUGAAAGGGGACAUGAAAUCAUGGGCAACUGAAAAAUGAAAAAGAAACAUAGCAACACACCCACACUAUGCGCCAUGCAUUCUUGGAGCCCACAUCUCGAAUGCAUUCUUGAUUUGUCCUUUAUCCUAGUAUGAAUGGACAAUAUUGAUCUUGGACAUAUCGUCAUGUUCGAAUGCGCGUGCAUUUCCUUCAUUUGAGGAGUGUUCCAUCACAACUUCGUCUAGAUAAGAUUUAACCGUUGAACUGAAACUGAGCCAAGUUUGGAGAUAAUUGAACUUUGUUUCCUGUAGUUUGGGCAUUGUAGUUCUAUGUAUCUUUGACAUAUGAAAAAUGACGGCAGACUAUAACCCACGAGGACUUGGAUAAGAUCUAAUAUCUUUUUGGAUUCGAGGAUGUGAUCGUAAAAUCAGGCUCGCUUCGAUUAUUCCACAUUUUACCAUAAAUACUAAAAAAAUUAUUAAUUUAACUUAUCCAACAUUUUAUCUAGUCGGCUUCUAUUAAUCAUUUAUCCCACACACAAAAUUGAUCAGUCCCUUGUCAGUGGAAAAGUAGGUAGUUUCUAGAAGCCAAUUGACCGACAACCAGGCUGGAAAACUGUGAGUGAUUGCUUGCUUUGGGGCCACAGUCGGCGGCCACCACCGCGGCUGUCGCUGUUGGCUCAGUGGUAGUGGGCUCCGAAUUGAGAUAAAAGCCUCAAGUUGGAUGCAGAAUCGUUUGGUUGCACUCUCACAGCUGCUAGGCGCACCAUGUGGGGAUAGGAUCUAGUCUCCUAUAGCAAAUAUGAGAGUUCGAAAUUUACAAGUCACGUUUAAAUUCUUGUUAAGGCUUUUGAUUGAAAUGAGCUUAAAA